AUGGAGACCUUGGCCUUCUUCGUCGUCUCCUUCACACUCGAGGCGGUUUUUCUGGCGCGGCUGCUGUUUAUUGCAUGCACGCGGGCCAAGAACCUCCGUGAUGCACUUCGGCAUUGCAUCCUUUGGCCCUGCCGGGCUCUUCGGGCACUCACCCGGCCGAAAAAGGCUCCUACAGCACAGGAGCUGCUUAUCGAGUCUGAAGUCAAAAAGCUGAAGACUUCCUGGUCCAGAAGGUAUGUGAUGGCCUUCGCCGCUCUUAGCUUCUCCACUGUGCUGUCCAUACAGCAACGCAUCUUUAUGGGCGGUGAGAGAUGGAUGUCAUCAGCGGCUACCUGGUGCAACGUCGCUAUGUUUGCCGUGGGCACGCUGGUUUCCUGCUUCCCGUGGUUGCUGCGCCCCAGCACGUUGGGUUUAUGGUAUGGUGUGUACAUGGUCUUCGCAGUACUGUACGUUACGCCCAUGUUCACACCGACCGAGCAAGUCUACGCCUUUUCCUUCAUCGUAUUGCUGUUCUUCCGACUCCCAUGUAGCCUUCUAUGCACCCGGACCUCUCUGGCGAUUCUCUUCAACUUGCCUUUUGUCGGUGUCAUGAGCUACAGAUCCGUUACGGAGGAGCAAGCUGGGUUCAGCAACUUGAACACAGUAUUAUGGACGGAGCUGACUGCAACUGCGGUCGCAGCAUCUUUCGUCUCCGCGCUGCACGGAGCACUUUCGCAGUGUCUUGGACUGGCAUUGAAUUUCCUGCCAACAUCGUUGUUACCCUUGGGGUUGCAGCAUUUAGGGUGUGAAACCAAGACCCCAUAA